UGGAAACUAGCCAAUGGCGAAAAUGUCUUCCAUUCGCUCGACCAGAAGGCCGAGGACCGCCGCCGCCGGAUCCUCGAGGCGCAGAGAGCAGCCGCCGCCUCCGAUCCAAAAAGUGUUGCUCCGCCGAGAUCGCGUCGUCGAUCCCGUGACUACGACGACGACGACGACGACGACGACGACGACAGCGACGCAGAGAUUGCAGCCGGAAAGGAAGAUGGGAAGGAAGGAGAGGUCAAGAAGGUUAAAACUAAGAAGCCGAAGAAGCCCAAGGUGACUGUCGCCGAGGCGGCUGCGAAGAUCGAUAUAACUGAUCUCGCGGCUUUCCUAGCCGAAGUUUCUGGAUCCUAUGGGGACCAGCAGGAGAUACAGCUGAUGAGGUUUGCGGAUUACUUCGGGAGGGCGUUCUCUGGGGUACCCGCGUCGCAAUUUCCAUGGUUAAAGAUUUUCAGGGAGAGCACCUUAGCGAAAAUGGCCGAUAUUCCACUUUCUCAUAUUUCUGAUGCUGUUUAUAAGACAUCAGUUGAUUGGAUCAAUCAACAUUCGAUUGAGGCACUCGGUUCUUUUGUACUAUGGUGUUUAGACAGCACUAUUUUAGACCUGGCAAGCCAACAAACUGGUGGUAAGGGCUCUAAAAAGGGUGUGCAGCAAGCAUCUUCAAAAUCUAAGGUGAUUUCACAUUUUGACUGCCCAUUCUGUUAUUUUCUCUAUGUUUUGCUCAAUUUUGCAGCUUUGACUUGGAGUAUCUUUAAUUUUUCUGAAUGUGUUGUUCAACAAACGUUUGAAGCUAUUUAUCCUACACUCAAAGAAGUUGCUCUUGCUGGCUCUCCUGGAAGCAAAGCAAUGAAGCAAGUUUCACAGCAGAUAUUCAGUUUUGCCAUCAAAGCAGCUGGAGAAAGCAUUCCUGAGUUAUCCAAGGAAGCAGCUGGGAUUGCCAUCUGGUGUUUAAUCCAAAAUGCUGAUUGCUGCAAGCUAUGGGACAAGGUUUAUCGGGACAAUAUAGAAGCUAGUGUUGUUAUUUUGAAGAAACUUUCAGAGGAGUGGAAGGUCCACUCCAACAAACUAUCUCCACUGGAACCUCUGAGGGAAACUAUAAAGAAUUUCAGGCGCAAGAAUGAGAAAGAGAUGGUUGGUGGAGCUGAUUCUACUGAUCAAGCAGUCUACAGAGAUGCGGACAAGUAUUGUAAACUGGUAUUGGGCAAAUUAUCACGCGGCAAUGGAUGCAUGAAAAGCAUGGCCUUUCUGGCCAUUGCAUUGGCUGUCGGUGCUGCUCUCUUGUCUUCCCCGAACAUGGAGUCCUUGGAUUUGAAGAAACUUUCUGUGCUUUUCAGUCAGUCUUAGUGAGAAUGAUAUUCAAUCCAAUCGGCAACUGAAAUCAUCAGUUUGUUUUUAGAUAGUAGCUUUCCUCCAUUUUGAACUUUUGACUCUGACCAAAAUGGGGAAGACAAGUCUUUUUAGUGACAGUAUUUAGGGACAUGGUGGAAUGACUCAUAGUAUCAGAAUACAGGGUGUUAAAUUUAUUGAAAAAAAGGCAUAUUCUCUCUUUGAGAAAAUAAGGAUGAGGACAAUCAUGCGACAAGCUCGCUUAAUUGUCAAGUGUAUUAGAUAUUUAUAUAAUUUGAUGAAUUUUGUAGAUGCGAAGGAUAUGUGGAUGGUGAAAUCAAUUUGAAUCUCGUGAGAAAUAAAUUUUCAAAUAAAAGUACUGACAAAGUGUCAAAGAAACUCAUCAA